AUGAUAGGUACCACAGAGGAUGAACAAGAAGAGGAAGAGGAAUUCAUGAAUCGAGGAGAUGAUGAUUCUGAUGAGGAUCGGAAUGAUUCUGUGAAUACCAAUCACAACAAUGAUGAUCAUAAUGAUAAUACUUACGACAACUCAUCUUCUUUUAUCUCUUUCAAACCUCCUCGUCCAUAUUAUACUGAGUAUGACUCGGGUGAAGAGCUCGUUGAAAAAACGUUGAAAGAUUGGGUCAUGAUUCAUUCUUCAUCAUCGAAAGGCUCUAUUGAACUGGAAGUUCUUUUGAAUGAAAAUGGUGUGUUGGUGGAUUCAUUCUUGUACCCCGUCAAUGAAGUGUUGAAAGAUCAAUUGCAGUACAGGCAUUCAUUAUUGAAGAUGCUCGUCAAGUGCAAUGAGGAUGAUCAUGAACAGGUCUUUACGGACAUGAAUAUAGAGAACAACAAGACUCAAAGAUCCUAUUGUUGUUGUCAUUACUUUUCGGAUGUAACGUUUAUACAAGCAUUGAAUAAUGAUGAUGAGAAUAAUUUUGUUAAUACCACUUGGAAGGAUCAUUUACAAGCAAGUUUGGAAUGCUUUCAACAAGUGAAAAAGUCCACCACCACAUGUACAGAGAAGAAUCCAAGUACUGGCAGUCAUUCCGUCGUACUCUAUGUGUCAAUAGAAGCUUUAAAAUUGAGUGGUGUCUUGCAUGUUCUCAGAAUUCGAUCAACAAGAAAAACAACAACAACAAAACGGUUCAAUACCAAGAAUUAUGUAUUGGAAAAACCAGUGAAAGGUCCGACACUGGUUCCAAAACCUAUUGCCGAGUUUUGUAAAGGAUUGCAUCAGGGUGAACUUUUGGAUUUGAUUUUAAUUUGUAAUCAAAUGGAUGCGAAAGUGUUGUUGGACUUAUUCUGUGCAAUGGUGGCAUUUAUGAUACGAGGAAAGACGCCAGAACAAACAAGACAGACCUUUGGAAUUGUCAAUGAUUUCACACCGGAAGAAGAGGAACAAGUGAGAAGAGAAAAUCAAUGGUGUGAAGAGAUGUAA